GGUUUAUAGGCAUUGAAUCGGUUUUGAAGUUCCUCCCUCCCAGCUGCUGGACUUUGGAAGACAAUGUUUUUCAAUUUACUAGACCAUUAACAGCAAGCGACUGGGCUAUUUUCAACCGUCAUACCUGGCGCAUAAGAGAAAUAGCUGGACCCGCUACCGAUAGCAACGUCACCAUUACUGUAUCAACGUAUGAAGCUGCCUGCUUAUCCCCUCAAUCGCCUCUGUUGCCCAACCUUCAAAGACUAGACUGGUCUGAUGGACAGCUUCAUGGUCCAUUUAUUCGACAUCUCUUGGGGCCAAACUUACGCCUGCUGAGGCUGGCCCAGAUGACAGCGGUCAUCUUUCCUCUGCUGCCGGUUAUCGCCGCUUCUUGUCCGUCCCUGCAACAGUUCUCUGUAUCCGAGAAAUCUGAAGACGAUUCAUCGAUGUUAAGCACUGCUUUGCAGGAAGUCCUACCAUCCAUGAGGACCAUAGAGGGACUCUCAUGCGGACAACUGUCCUUCAAUGGGCUCUCCGCCGUUGCCGAACUUCCUUACCUGAAGAGAAUCCGUUUCGUUCCUCCUCUCAAACUGUCUCAGCCUAGCUCAGCGAAGAAAUCCGCGUCCCAAAAGCGCAAGGAAAAAGUAGUAAACAAGGUUAACUCCAAGUUUCCUUCUUUGACCCAAUGCUCUCUCUUGAGUCGACCAAUGGAUUCCCACCAAGAGUUCUUUGACCGAAUUGGCUACUUACCUCGACUUCGCGAGCUCUUAUGCGUGACGUCUUCAUAUACCGUUCAGCAACUAGCUGCCUUUUUCGACACCUUACAUUCACACAUUAACCCCAGCGAAUUGUCUGUUAUAUCUAUCAUCGGCUGCAAUAAAAGCAUAGGAACACAAGUGCGGGACUCCGACGUGUCUCCCAUAACUAUGUCAAUUCUUCGCCCAUUGUUAUCAUUUGCGAAGCUAGAGAAGCUGGUUAUCUGGACGAUGAUGACGUUUUCGCUCGACGACGAUGAUAUUGAGGCCAUGGCACGGGCUUGGCCCAAGCUUCGCUCCCUAGCAAUCACGGGCUACGAGGGCUGGCUCGACAACCAAAAGAUCUCGCUAUGGGGCUUGGCUUCUCUUGUGCAGCAUUGUCCGGAACUGGAAAAUCUCGAAAUCGUCCUCGAUGCCACUGUACAUCGGAAUUUACCCUCGCCCAGCAUACCCGCUAAUAUGUUGGUCACUGGCAUCUCCAUCGACGACUCGCCUAUCAAGGAUCCUUUCUACGUCGCUUCGUACCUCUCCCACAUCUUUCCCCGCCUUAGUGCAAUUUACUGUUGGAAAUCAGCAGAUUUGCCGGCUCGCGAGAACGCGGACAAAUACGAGAAAAAGUGGGAAGAGGUUGAGAAAUUCCUCAAAUUGCUCUCCUGCAAGCAUCAGUAUGAGAACUUUUGGAGGAACGCUAGCGGGAGGCGUUCUAAGGCCGCGCCCACGUACACGUUCGUUGCGAUGGAAGAGUUGUGGGACGGGACUCUGGUAUGUCCCUAA